CGCCAUUUUGCGCCGGGCGCCGCCGCGGGCGCUGCUCCUGCGUGUCCCGAGCGCCCGCCCGGGCUGACGGCGCCCCGGCGCAGGAGGAGGACGAGGAGGAAGCGGUGCAGAGAUGGAGAGCGAUCGGCUGGAGAGCCCGAUUGCCAUUAAGGGUAUUGAAAGAGAGCUUAUCUGCCCAGCCUGCAAGGAAUUGUUUACCCAUCCACUGAUCCUUCCCUGCCAGCACAACAUCUGUCACAAAUGUGUGAAAGAAAUACUUUUUGCAUUUGAAGACUCCUUUGCUGAUGGAGGCUCUGAAUCCUCUAAUCAGAGUAGCCCUCGAAUUAGAAUCGCUGCUUCUAGCAUGGACAGAAUUGACAGGAUUAAUAGAGCAGGCAGAAAACGCAAUUCACUGACUCCUAGAUCAACUCUGUUUCCUUGUCCGAGUUGCCAGCGGGAUAUUGAUCUUGGGGAGCGUGGCAUCAAUGGCUUAUUUCGCAACUUCACUUUGGAAACCAUUGUGGAAAGAUACAGACAGGCAGCCAGGGCAGCCAUUGCUAUUAUGUGUGAUUUCUGCAAACCUCCAGCUCAGGAGUCCACGAAGAGUUGCAUGGACUGCAGUGCAAGCUAUUGCAAUCCAUGUUUCAAAAUACACCAUCCUUGGGGAACAGCAAAAGCCCAGCAUGAAUAUGUAGGACCAACCACCAACUUCAGACCCAAGAUUUUGAUGUGUCCAGAACAUGAAAUGGAGAGAGUAAACAUGUACUGUGAAAUCUGCAGAAGGCCUGUUUGUCAUCUUUGCAAACUGGGUGGAGGUCAUGCAAACCAUAGGGUAACAACCAUGAGCACUGCCUACAAAACCCUUAAGGAGAAACUUUCAAAAGAUAUCGAGUACCUCAUCAGUAAGGAGAGCCAGGUGAAGGCUCACAUCACACAGCUGGAUCUGCUGAUGAAAGAAACUGAGUGCAACAGUGAAAGAGCUAAACAAGAAGCAUCUCAGAGUUUUGAGAAAUUAUAUUGUGUCCUGGAAGAGAAGAAAUCUGCAGCUCUUAGGGCAAUUGAAACUUCUAAGAAUAUAAGGAUGGAAAAACUGCAAACACAAGUGGAAGAAUACCAAGGGCUUCUGGAAAAUAAUGGCCUUGUAGGAUAUGCUCAAGAAGUGCUUAAAGAAACAGAUCCCUCUUGUUUUGUUCAAACAGCAAAACAACUUCAUGUCAGAAUCCAAAAAGCUACUGAGUCUCUGAGGAGCUUUACGCCAGCAGCUGCAACUACUUUUGAAGACUUUGUGGUGGACACUGCCAAGCAAGAAGACAUCCUUGGUGACUUGUCCUUCCAUUCCAAUGGCCUAGAAAUACCAGAAAUCAACGAAGAGCAGAGCCGAAUGUACAACAAAGCUCUGAUCAGCUGGGAAUGCUCUGGGAAGACAGAUUCAGCUGAUAUCUAUGUCCUUGAGUAUCAUAAACUUAAUAAAGAAGAGGAGAGUGUGACAUGGCAGAAGACUGAAGUGUGUGGCAAGAGCAAAGUAUUAUCUGAUCUCGAUGAUGACAGCAGCUACGCCUUUAGAGUUCGAGGUUACAAAGGGUCCAUCUGCAGCCCUUGGAGCCAAGAAGUUAUCAUGCGUACUCCUCCAGCUCCGGUUUUCAGUUUUCUUUUUGAUGACAAAUGUGGGUACAACAAUGAACAUCUCGAGCUGAACCCAAGAAGAACAUCUGUGGAAAGUAGGGCUGGAUUUCCUCUGCUUCUGGGAUCUGAGCGCUUGCAGGUUGGAUGCUUCACAACCCUGGAUUACAUCAUUGGUGACACUGGGAUUGCCAAAGGGAAGCACUUCUGGGCUUUUAAUGUUGAAGCCUACUCAUACCUGGUCAAAGUGGGAGUUGUUCCUAGCAGCAAGAUACAGAAAUUGUUCCACAAUACCUCUGAUGUUAUCAGUCCAAGAUACGAGCAAGACAGCGGUCAUGACAGUGGGAGUGAAGAUACCUUCUUUGACUCAUCGCAGCCUUGCACACUGGUCACUUUAGGCAUGAAGAAGUUCUUUAUCCCUGCCACACCUGCUGCUCCCAAGGAUCCAGCCAGCAGAAUCCUUCCCCUGCCGUCGUGCUUGGGCGUCUGCCUUGACUGUGACAGAGGCAGGGUGGGGUUUUACGAUGCAGGCCGCAUGAAGUGCCUGUACGAGUGUGAGGUGGAUUGCUCCGGCCUGAUGUACCCAGCGUUUGCCCUGAUGGGCAGUGCGGCAGUGCACCUUGAGGAGCCUGUCACAGCCAAGGACAGGGAGUACCACGACGACAUCUAGUGCAGUAGUCUCUUCCCAUUGCUGUUCUGAGACAGAAAAUGAAAGCAGAAGAAUUCUACCUUAGCUUUUAGUCCUGAUAAAUUAUAUUCCACAUACAAGUUGCUCACAAGCCUCUGGCCUGUGAUUUUUUUAAAAUAAAUGGUCCAGGCACUUCUGCACCAGAGGAAUUCUCCUGCCUUUCUUGUGAUCUGUGCAAUGCUGUUCUCCACAGACUUCUUUUCCUGGGGGAAGCAGGGAAGAAGUCUGACUAGCAACCAAAAUUUACUUUUCAGGACUAGCAACCAAAACUUACUCUUCGGGGUAGAAAUCUGCCUUUUAUUUAACUUAAAUCCUUACAUAGUCAGUUUUGUAUUUAAUGAAGUCAAAGCUGACAGUGUGUGAUUGCCAUUCUCCUUUUAAGAAAUCUGCCUGAAUGCCUCUGCAGGGUUAAAUGCUGUCCAGUUAACCCCUGAGCACCAGUUUGGCCUUUCAGCACAGAAUAGAAUAUAAAAAAACAUAAUAUGAAAGAAGAAGAAAUUAGAAAUGGUGUUGAAUGUUUAACUUAUACUUGGAAUGAUGAAGGUAAACUUGAAUCUCAUUGCAUGUUGUAUACCCUUAAUGUGAUUGUAAGUUAAAACUCAAGUUCUGACACUCAGUGUCAUAUAGUUGGUGGCAUAAUGGUAAGUUUCUUUAUUCUUCUAGGCUUUUACUAUAAGCUAUCUAAAAUAAAGUGCAAUUUUACCUUAAAUGUCAGAAUUUGGAAUUAAAAAUCAGAAAUGUUUGCAUGUGCGAGUAAUGGUACCUGGUAUUUAGGCAAAAGGAAGUGAGUUGCUGACAUGAGUAAUUAUAUGUGAAUUUAAAAAAUUAACUUAUAAAAGCAAGUAUUAAAGAAAUAUCUGAUUUUUUUUUGAUCUAGUAGCAGCUUGGAUUUUUCUUAGUAAGAAUGUUAAAAAUGCACUGGUUAAGUUUUGAGACCUAAUUUCUGCCUUAAAGGAUGUCUCCCUUCAAAUUUCAGUUCCUCUAAUGUUAAAACUGUAUCACAUUAGCAGAAUCAUAGAACUAUGGGAACAAUUUGAUUUCGAAGGGAUCUUUAAAGAUCAUCUAGUUCCAACCCCCCUUGCCACAGGCAGGGACAUCUUCCACUAACCAGGUUGCUCAAAGCUGCAUCCAACAUGAAAUUGAACACGUCCAGGGAUGGGGCAUCCACCACUUCUCUGGGAAACCAUCUCCAAUGUCUUACCACCCCUAUUGUUAGAAAUUUCUUCCUUUAAAAAAAAAAUCUCCAGCCGAAAUCUAUCAUCUUUUAGUUUAAAACCAUUGUCCUUUGUCCUGUCUCUCGAGGCCUUGGUAAAAGACUUCCUCCAUCUUUUUUUAAAAUCCUUUUUAUAUAUUAAAAGGCCAUAAUAAGGUCUUUCUGGAGCCUUCUCCAUGCUGAAUAACUCCAUCUCUUACAGCGUCUUCACAGGAGAGGUGUUACAGCCCUCUGACAAUUUUUGUGCCUCUCCUCUGGAACCACUGUACUGGGGGCCCCAGAGCUGAACGCAGUGUGUGCAAGCACACAUCGCUGGUUCAUGGCCAAGUUUUCAUCCAUCAGGAUGCCCAAGUCCUUCUCUGCAGAGCUGCUCUCUAUCCCUCAGUCUGUAUUGAUAGUGGAGAUUUCCUGGAUUCAGGUGCAGUACCCUGGGUGGUGAACCUCAUGAGAUCCACAUCAACACCAGUGCCAGCACAGACCCUUGAGGGAUAGUGCUCAUUAUUGGUUUCUGCUUGGACAUUGAACUGUUGACUGUGAUUCUUUGGGUAUAGCUAUCCAGCCAAUUCCUUAUUCACUGAACAGUCCAUCCACUUAAACCCUUCUCUUUCAAGUUUGGAGAUAAGAAUGUUGUGGGGGAUCUUAUCAAAGGCCUUACAGAAGCCCAGGUACAUCUCUUAGCUCUUCCCUUAUCCACUGUUGCAGUCACUGGGUCACUGAAGACCAGUAGGUGAGUCAAGCAGUUCUUGCCCUUGGUGAACUCAUGUGGCUGUCCCCGAUCACUUUCUUGUCUUCCAUAAGUUUUGACCUAUCUUCCAGGAGGAUCUGUUUCAUGAUCUUACUGAGAAUGGAGGUGGACUGCCUGUCUUUAUAGAAACCCAUGUAUAAAAAAAAGUAGGGUGUGUGAACUGUUGACUUUUGGAAAAAUAAGGAUCUAAAGUGAAGGAUGUUUAUAGUAAGUACUUGGUGCUUUCUAAUUUGGGGAUAUGCUUUCUAAUUUGGGGAUAUGCUUUCUAAUUUGGGGAUAGUGUUGCAUCUUGAUGAAUGUGUGUGAAGGAUGCUUACUAAGUACAUGUAUAUACAGCUUCAGAGCUCUGAAACAGGACCUGAAAAUCACAAUACAGUUAAGUGAAUGUAGGUCAUAAUGCAAAUCUUUUGCAGGCUUUGCUGUCUGAUCUGACCUCGAGUCCACCUCUCCCAGUGUCUUCUCUCUUAAGCCUCUGACUGUGGCCACUGUUGGAAAAAACUGUCAGAAGCAGUUAUCUAUACCAGCACGAGCAUGACAGCCAGAAAGGCCGAGCAACUGCAACUUCUUUUCUGCAUCUCAUCUGCAAAUGUUCUGUCUUGAUGAGACUGUGUGAAAGUGCACUCCAUAAAUUCACUGUGAGUUGUGUGAGAAACACACAGCAGCAGGUGUGAAGUAUGGGGUACCUUUUGGAAUUUUCUCCCCCAAGCGAAAAGACAAAGGGUCUCUCACUAGUUAGCCUUUUUAGUAACUUCUUCUGGUUUAGAUGGUUAUCAUUAUAGCCUUUAAUUUCUGUCACUCCAUCCCUUUCACCUUCCCUCUUACUGGAUUGAAGCCAUUGCAAUCUUCUUGCCUGCCGAGGCUGACUGAACAGUCUGUCCAUAAUACACCCCGUUGCUGUGACGGAUGACAAAGUUUUGUGUUUUACUUCUUUUAGUCCUAAAACCUUAAUUUUUUAAAAUUUGUUUUUAUUUGCCUUUUAUUUGAUUGAUACCUGAUACCAUAGUCAUGAUGAAGCUUCUUCUGCAUUGUUUUUCAUGCAGUCCCGAUGGUUGUGCAGGGUGCGUGCAGGGUGCAUGCAGGGUUUCCCCCACUGGUGGGCUGUUUUGCAUUUCUUUAUGUCGAUCAUGCUUGUUUACCUAAUCACUAAGUUCUGAGGGCCUUCUGCAGCUCUUCAGUUGCUUCUAGACUUGGAUGUUCCUGAGUAGCUUAAUUGGAAACACAAACAUGCCCAUGUUUUUGUUUGCUUUUCCAGGUCUUGGAGCAAACUGGUUGUAGUGAGACUCAGAUGAUCUCUCUGCUGUUAAGAUUUUUGUUCCUUCCACUUCAUUUCCCCCUCCAAUAUUUAUUAAACCCCAAGUGAAGCACUGAAAACUCUUACAUUAGUAUACUCUGCUGAGUAUUAUGUGUGAGUGCAGCAGUCAGAGAGAGCCAGGAGAAAGGAUUCUCAAUUCAGUAGCUGUGACUUCUCCCCUUGUAUAACUGGUAUGGUCAGUUCAUCUACCACACCAAGAAUCGGCUUAGACCUGUAGGUUGUAGAGCUGAACUUUCUUUUCCAGACCAAAUCUCCUUCCGUAGACAAAUGUUUCAUUUUUGAUUCUUCUGUUUCAGAAACUGGUCUAAAUUAGAUGCUUUAUGUCAUGGUUAGCACUCCACAUUUCCACAUUUAGAUUUUUUAUAAGCAUCUGGAUUUGUAUCCCCAGACCUUUUUUUACUUUAUGGAAAUAUUUGUAAAUGGAACAGUCUAUUGCAGAUAUGAAGACAGUGUCUCAGACUCCAUAAUCUAAAAAAAGAUUAUUGGUUUGAGACUGUAGAAGUAAGAAAUUCAAAAUUUAGGGGCCUUUUCUACUAGAGUUUCAAAUUCAUUUAACAUGUGUUCUGCUAUGCAAUUACUCUACUGGACAGAAACUGAUGCUACUUUAAACAUUUAUCUACCUUUUGAUAUAUCUAUAUUUAUCUCAUCCUGAGUUUAAAAAUUAAUUUGGCUUUUGGUGUUACUUGAAUACUUAGUAUGCAUUCCAGACAGUACUCUUUGGUGCUUACUCCAGCUUAUUAAAUAAAAAACACACUGUCAAGAGGCACUGACAACACGCUGUGAUAUUUUUUCAACUACUAUGGAAGUGUCAACUUUCAGAAAUGCAGUUCAGCAGUACUUGCCUAUCCAGAUAAUUAUUUUUUCAAGUUUCUCCCUAUGAAACAGCACUUUACAAUGUAGACUAAGCUAAAACUGGUGUGGUAUUGUGUGGAUCUUUGUGCAAUAUAGGUGUUUGGUGAUUAUGAUGUGACUUGCAAAGCUUCAUACAGGUGUGAAUCAUGUAGACACUUUUUAGAUACCUAAAGCUUUAACAAAAAAAACCUUGUUUGAAAAUAUUCUGAAAUGUAAAAGUG